AUGGGUUCCCAUCAGUCCCGUGAGUCGCACGCUGCCCCAGAGGCCCUACCAGGCCACAUGGGCGUCACGCUGCUUCAUCUGCUGAAGACGGCCGCCAAGCUCAAGCGCGACGUGAAAUUCUCCCUCUGGUACCCCGUCAUGCUUGAAUUGCAAGACUUUGCCAAUGUUCUGGAUGAUUUGGUCAUGGACGGCCACGGGAGCUACUUUUCGGAAAAGCUCAUGGCCGAUGAGUUUAUGAAGGAUCGGAACUCCGACUAUGCUAGUGAUGCUUCGACGGAUCGGGCCCUGCAGGAGAUUGGCCAGCAACUCCCGCCACAUGAUGACAUGCUGACGGCAGAAGUACAAAAGUUGGUCGAUGGUGAGUGGAUGAAGUUCACUGCAGCUGUGGUGAGAAGGAUUUGGUAA